AGAAGCCGAGGUCUCCGCCGCCCGCGCUGAAGUGACGGUAGCAGAGAGCGACAAGUUGGAAGCUCUGUCGAGGGUCACCGGGUUGGAGAAUCAGGUCACCGAGGCCAAGGGCCUCGCCAAGGAGUUCAAGGCGGAGCUAGACAAGACGAAGCAGGACCUCGAGGAAGCGAACAAGGAGAAGGACGGCCUGGUACUCAAGUUAAACUCGUUGGAGCCUCAACUCAGGAGCCUCCAGGAAGAGCAAGUCGUCCUCAGGAAAGCGAACGGCGACUUGAGGGAAGCCAAGGAGGGCCUCGAGACACACUCAAGGACCGUGAAAGAAAAUCUGGUCAAGGCUACUCUUGACCUUGACACAGCUAGCCAGGAGAACUUUGACCUUACUGGCAAGGUCGAGGCGUUGGAGCUCAAAGUCUCCGACCUUCUGGAGCAACUCUCCUCGUCCUUGUCCGAGCACAAGGACCUGGAAGCGACGCACCACAGCCUCAAGGAGAGUCACCACAAGCUCGAGCAGAGUCGCCACGAACUCGCCAAGACCCACCAAGAACUCGACGAAACUCACCAGGAAAUGAGCGAGAGCUUUCGAGAACUCCAGCAGGUGCACGAGGACCUUCAGGAGAGUCACGAGGCGCUCAGGAAGAGUCACGGGGAGCUCGCGAACAGCCACCAGGCGGACAAGGAGGCUUUGGCACUGACGAAGGCGCAAGUGGCCGACCUUUCCUCUCAGCUCGAAAGCUCACUGAAGAGCUUUAAGACCUUGAGCAAGAGCCACGAGGAGCUUAAGCUGAGGGAGAUCGAGAUGAAGACCCUCGAGAAGGAACUUAAGUCCACGCUGGAGAGGUCAGUCGACGAAUUCUUAAUCUUUAAGGAAAAAUACGAAGUCUUGAAGAAAAGGGAGAUCUUCAUGAAGACACAGGAAAAUGACCUCCAGGACGAGAUCGCGAGCCUCAAGGACGAGGUCAGAGUCCUGAAGGAGGGACGGAAGGAUCUCCAGAAGAAGGAGGUCUUCCUUCAGGACUCGCUCUCGACCCUCCGUGGCGAGCUCAAGGACUCCCAGGAACUCGUCGAGGAGAAGACCCGGAUCGAAGACGCCCUCAGGAGACGGACCAAGAAGCUGGAGGAUGAGAGAACGUCCCUCACUCGCGACCUUGAGAAGCUGAAGAGCCGUUCGGAGGAGCAGGCAGAGACGCUGAGGAAUCAGCAGGAGAGGAUCCACGAGGCCUCCGAGCAGAUUCUCCAGCAAAAGCAGAAGCAGGCAGAGGCAGACGAGCAGCUGAGCAGCCUAAAGGGAGAAGUGGGUCGCCUCAAGGAGCAGCUCAGCCAGAAGGAGGGCCACCUCAACGAAGUCAAGGAGCAACUUGAAGGGAAAACAGCUGACGUCACUGAUCUCACGGCCCAAGUGCAGCGGACGGAGGUCGAGGCGGCGGCCGUGCGGGGCAUCCUGGAGAGCACGCAGGCGACGCUGGACCAAGCCUACGCCAAGAUCUCUCAGAUGGAGGCCCAGGGAGAUGAGCAGAUGAAGACUGUGAAGACAGAGCUCGCAGCAUCCAGACAGGCGCUCGCUGAGAGGGACAAUUCUAUCGCGGCGCUCAUGGAGAAGACAGCUGAACUACAGAGGGCUGUCGACGACAAGACUACAAGCGAAGCCACACUGACGCAGACUAAUGCCAACCUGCAGACCCGCCUCGCACAGCUGGAGACCCACGUCCACCAGCAACAGGAGGAGGUUCGCGCCCGAGAUGCCCGCCUUCAGGAGCACGACGCCCUCGCCGCCCAAAGGCAACAGGAGCUCCACAAGGCGGCGGCAGACCUCGCCAACCUCAGGGAGACCGUCAGCCAGAGGGACUCGACGGUUAUGGAGUUGCAGGCCAAGUGGCAAGAAGCGGCUGAAAGCGUUUCCAGACUUCAGGAAGAGCUUCAGGUGAAGUCCACGGCAGAGCCUCACCAGGAGAGAUAAAUGAAGAAGAUGAAGAUAAAAGAAAAUGUCAAGGAGACAUCG